UGCUUUCACCUAGGCUUGGGUGGCUAGCCAGCUAUCCUGUUGGUAACUUUUAUAAGACGCAAACAAUCCCAGUUAAGGACCUACUUCAAGACCCGGAGGCGCCAUAUUUGAUACAAAUGUACAAAUAGUAUCUUGUCUGGUGGCGUAAGCUUCGUUACAUAGCAAUAUUACAGUCGAAGAUUGUUUUGUUAUAUUUCUUAUUUCUUCAAAUACGUAAAAUAACAGAAAUAGUAAAAGAUGAAUGUCAUAGACCAUGUUCGGGAUAUGGCGGCUGCAGGACUUCAUUCGAACGUGCGGAUAAUAAGCAGCCUGUUACUGACAAUGAGCAAUAACAACCCAGAACUGUUCUCCCCGUCUCAGAAGUACCAGCUACUGGUGUACCAUGCAGACGCACUGUUUCACGACAAGGAGUACAGAAACGCAGGGUGCAAGUAUAGGAUGGCUCUGCAGCAGAAGAAGGUACUGAGUAAAACCUCCAAAGUGCGUCCUUCUACGGGGGGCACUGCGUCCUCGCUGCAGUCACAGAGCCUUCCUUCCGAGAUCGAAGUGAAGUACAAGAUUGCCGAAUGCUAUACUAUUCUGAAGCUGGACAGGGACGCCAUCGCUGUGCUGGAUGGGAUCCCCUCCCGCCAGAGAACCCCCAAGAUCAACAUGAUGCUGGCUAACCUGUACAGAAAGGCGGGUCAGGAGCGGUCUGCGGUGACCAGCUACAAAGAAGUCCUGAGGCAGUGCCCCCUGGCACUCGACGCCAUAAUUGGCCUUCUCUCUCUGUCGGUGAAAGGAGCUGAAGUGGCGUCAAUGACCAUGGACGUGAUUCAGAGCAUUCCCAAUCUGGACUGGCUCUCUGUGUGGAUAAAGGCCUACGCUUUCAUCCAUGCUGGGGACAACCACAGAGCCAUCAACACCAUCUGCUCACUGGAGAAGAAGUCUCUGCUGCGGGACAAUGUGGAUCUGCUGGUGAGCCUAGCAGACCUGUACUUCAGGGCAGGGGACACCAAGAACUCCAUCCUAAAAUUUGAGCAGGCCCAGAUGCUGGAUCCCUAUCUGAUCAAAGGCAUGGACGUGUACGGCUACCUGAUGGCUCGCGAGGGGCACCUGGAGGACGUGGAGGUCCUGGGGGGGCGACUGUUCAACAUCUCCGACCAGCACGCGGAGCCCUGGGUCAUCUCCGGCUGCCACAGCUUCUACAGCAAGCGCUACUCUCGCGCCCUCUACCUGGGCGCCAAGGCCAUCCAGCUGAACAGCAACAGCGUUCAGGCGCUCCUCCUGAAGGGGGCAGCGCUGCGCAACAUGGGCCGUGUGCAGGAGGCCAUCAUCCACUUCCGGGAGGCCAUGCGCCUCGCCCCCUGCCGCCUCGACUGCUACGAAGGGCUGAUCGACUGCUACCUGGCCUCCAACGGGAUCCGGGAGGCGAUGGGGAUGGCCAACAACAUCUACAAGACGCUGGGCGCCAACGCCCAGACCCUGACCAUCCUGGCCACGGUGUGCCUGGAGGACCCCAUGACCCAGGAGAAGGCCAAGACCCUGCUGGACAAGGCGCUGGCGCAGAGGCCCGACUACAUCAAGGCCGUGGUGAAGAAGGCCGAGCUGCUGAGCCGAGAACAGAAAUAUGAGGAGGGAAUUGCUUUGCUGCGACACGCUCUGGCCAAUCAGAGCGACUGUGUGCUGCACAGGAUGCUGGGAGAUUUUCUGGUGGCUGUCAAUGACUAUCAAGAGGCAAUGGACCAAUACAGCAUCGCACUCAGCCUGGACCCCAACGACCAGAAGUCCCUGGAGGGCAUGCAGAAGAUGGAGAAGGAGGAGAGCCCGACGGAGGCCACGGUGGAGGAGGACGGCGACGACAUGGAGGGCAGCGGGGAGGACGGGGACCUGGAGGGGAGCGACAGCGAGGCGGCGCAGUGGGCCGACCAGGAGCAGUGGUUCGGCAUGCAGUGACCCCUGCCCCCCCCCCCAGCUCCCGACGCGCGCCCCGGGGGCCUCUGGGGUACGGCGACGCGCUCCGCCCCCGCCGCGCUCGCCCGAUCGAGCGGCGGGGAUCUGAACCCCCUUUUCUAUCCUUUCUGCGCUCGCCACACCCCCGAAAAUCUGGUCUCGUCGGCGGGACCUGCACCCCAGGGAGAAGGGGCCCUGCUCAGGUGAGAGGGCGUGGCUGGGUGUGGCCCCGCACCUCCUACCGGGGUGCGGGGGGGGGGGCUCCACUCGGUCUUGUGGACGGUGUAGGAGCUGGGCUCGGGCAUUACACCUGCCGUGUGAGGACUGUGUACAUGUCCAAACUGGGAUGAGAGAGUUCACUGCAAUACGCUUAUUUUGCUGCUUUUGUCUUUCUUUUUUUUUUCCCUUAUGGGUGUUCUCUCUGCUCCCUCUUCCUGUACGACUGCAGUCUGUCAUUAGUAUUUAAGCUUUGCCUUAUGAAAUUUGUGAAACUGUAUACAUUCAUAUCGUUUUUCUGACUUGACUUCUUUGGCCUGCUUUAUUCCCUAAUCAUGUAAUGGUUUUGUUUAAAUUUUUAAUUCUCUUUUUUUGGGGGUGGGGAUGGGGGGGUGGGAGAGACAUAAAUGUUGUGGGGGGAGGGGGGGUUUGUAAUGAAGAUGUUUAUAACAAAGUGUAGUGUGCUGUAUAUAUACAUAUAUAACAAUCUUGUGUAGUGUAGACAAAAUAAAUACAAUCAUGGCUGUAGUUCUUGUGUUCUGGCUGCAGUAGACAAUUUUGGGCCUGUGGCAGUGGGUAUGAAUGAAUUUCAGGACCAUUUGGUGUUAGAUUUUUUACUUUUUUGGAGCACGGUGAAUAUACAAAGGUGUGAAACAAUCCCAGUGCGCUUCAAGUCAAGGUUUUGAGGGUGCAGGGAGUGUGAGAGGAUAAUGUUUACCCUUGUGACCGAUGCUGGUCAUGAAGCCUUUUCACCCUGUUGCAGUGGUGCCCAAUCAUAUGCCAUGGGAGGGCCAAGAGUAUGCAGAUUUUCAUUCCAACCAAUCAUUCCACCUGCUGAUUUCACCAAUUAGUUCCCUCCUCUCUGGUUGAAGGUGUGUUUAGUGAAAUAAGUAGGUGUAGCGAUUGGUUGGAAUGAAAACCUGCAUACUUUUAGCCCUCCAUGGUUGGGCACCACUGCCCUAUUGAUUUACACAAAAUUACCCAAAAUCAACAAGCCAAUUUAUUUUGCAGCUUGUGUCUUGGAGAGCUGAACAGUCAGGCACACACACUCACAAGUCAUGUAUAAUCUUUAUUUACCUGAAACCACAAGCCCGUGUGAUGCACAUUACAAUCAGCGCUGAAACAAACAGUAGCUCUUAUUUACAGUUGUUCGGAGUUGAAACAUGCUGUUUAAAGGGACUGACUGCUUCUUUCAAAGUAUAUGCAUCACAGUAUUGCUGCACCAUCACCCGCCCAGAUACUGCAGAAUGUUAUUUAAAUAACUUAGAUUUGCAAAAAAACAAAAACAAA